CAGAUUAGAGGCCUUGAUGCUUCACAAGAUAGCUAUUCAUCUGUUUCAAGAGGACACCAAGAUGUGACAUCACAACUUUCCUGCGAGCCAACCAAUGAGAAUGCUGCAUACCAGUGGACAGAAGGUCAGAGUGCCACACAGGGUCAAACCCAGCAUGGCUACAACUACCACCACAUUGACCAAAGAACUGAAAACCAGAGUGCCCACUCCUCUUGCGUAGGUGCCAAAUCCAGCAGCCAGCUGCACUCCACGGAUGUCUAUGCUGAGUUUACAACUGAUGCAACAGUUGAGCACUACGAACCUGAGCAGGCCGAGGGUUUAUUAUGAACCAGGAGCGAAUGCAGAGUGCAGAUAUGAUGAACCAGGAAACCAGUUCAAAUACAUAUCUGAGAGCCAGUUUGGGGAUUGUGCCAGCUCCAUGUGCACCUCUGAACUCCAGUGCUCCCAAUAUCAAGCUGGUGCCGGGGGUCAUUACGAGACAGACCACACUCAUUACCAACUUGAUGGGACAGCCACUGGACCAAUCAGAUAUCCAAUCAAAGAGGGAAGAUCAUGCUCGUUAUAUGCCGGAGGGAUAUGUUCACUUUCUACUCUCAAGACAGUCCCAACAGGGAGACGAUGCAGCAGUGGUGAUGAUGAAGACGGCCUCCAGUGAGGAAGCUGCAGAGGAGAUGGAUAACAGAGAAGAUCCAUCUUCGUCUGCAGAUCUCUCAGGCGGGUCCAAUCAGAGAAGAAAAUUAGCAGCUCCACCUAUGGAUGUAUCCUUGGACCGCAGUGAGGGGUCUAUUCUCUCGAAGAUGCUCUGGACACAGGAUGAGGCUUUGGAUACUGGUGACGACCUGGAUGUCAACAUAGACGAGCUGGACACACCCGAUGAGGCCGAGGAGUUCGACCAACAUGGGGUCUCAGAAGAGUCUAACCAGGCUGCAGGAGCAGCAUCAAGUGAAGCGAUCGCAGGACACAGAAUAGUUGAGGAGAGCAGGGAGAGCAGGCUGUGGAGCGUGGUGAUUGGAGAGCAGGAGCAUCGCAUCGAUAUGAAGUGCAUUGAGCCGUACAAAAGAGUCAUUUCUCAUGGAGGUUAUUACGCCCAACAGAACGCCAUCAUCGUGUUUGCAGCAUGCUUCUUACCGGACAGCAACUGUGCCAAUUACAACUAUGUCAUGGAAAACCUUUUCCUGUAUGUAAUAAGUACCUUGGAGCUAAUGGUGGCAGAAGAUUACAUGAUUGUUUACCUGAAUGGUGCCACACCUCGCAGGAGAAUGCCUGGCUUUACCUGGAUGAAGAGGUGCUACCAAAUGAUAGACAGAAGACUGAAGAAAAACCUUAAAAUGUUCAUCAUCGUCCAUCCUUCCUGGUUUAUACGGACUUUGCUGGGAAUCACCAGACCCUUCAUAAGCUCCAAGUUCAGCAGCAAAAUCAAGUAUGUGAACAGUCUGAAGGAGCUUGGAGAAAUCAUCCCAAUGGAGUAUGUCCACAUUCCACCUAGCAUCAUCAAACUGGAUACAGAGUUGCAAGACACAGCAGAAAAAGCCGACAGGAGGGGACACUCUGCUGUGUGAAAAUUGUAAGAUACCUUGCUGCUGCCUAUCUCCUCCCUGCAUUAUGCUGCCUGCAGCAUGAUGUGUGUGGCUCAUGGUUGAUACUCCCACAACUAGCAACGGGUGAGGAAGUAAGAUGCUGUGGUAUGAAACCGUUGGAAGUCUUAAUGGAGAUAAGUGUGGACCUGAGAGAGCUGAACAUAACACUGUAUCUACAGAGCAGAGACUGUCACUGUGCUGGAGGGGAGUUGCUUUAUCCUGUACCUCUGUACCUUAUACACAACUUGAUUUUGUUCUCAAUUGGGAAGCUUUUGUUUUCUUUUUUGGAGGAACUACUAACUGGCUUUGCUGCAUUUGUGUAUUAAUCCAGUGUGUCUGUUGCUCUGUACCCUUUGUAACCAUUGUUACAGUAGGUUGGGAUUCUCUGAAGCCACAGUUAAGCUAAUGACUCUUUAAUCUAAUAACCAAAUUUAUGUAAACAGAUGUUAUGUUACAGCUAACCUGUCUACACAUAAACAUUUGUAUUUGUGUUCCCUUCAGAAAGCACUGUAGCUCUUUCAAAGACUGGGGCAUUCUAUUAAGGCUGACUUUAGGAAGUCACAAGGUUUACAAAAAUGACUGGCUCACAGAAGAAGCAGUACUGUGCAAGCCUGUUCGGUCUGUAAUGAUGGAAACAGAAAGCCAAGCUUUUCUUUCUGUCUGUCUGUCUGUCUGUCUUUUUUUUUUUGUUUUUUGUUACAGUGUGGAUUAACAUGCUAUACGUUCCUUACUGUCUCACUCACCCAUGUCAAACAAUCUUAAAGAGGCUGUCAGUCAGCUGUUCUAUUAGCAUUGUAUUUCACUGUGAAAAAAAAAAUGCAACGUCAAAUCAUAAAGGUAGCAAAAAAGCAGUAUAGAGUAGCUACAAAAUGUGUUGCAUGAUUUUUGUAGGUACAGUUUGGUAUUUUCGCAUCAGAGAAUUGCAGAAUGGUAACAUUGUUCACGGUUUACCCAGGUUAUGUUUGUGUGCGUAAGAGACACGAAGACAAAUUGUAGAGGAGGAAUGAAGAAAUUCUACUGUAUAGUUGACUGAAGGUUGCAGAGAUAGAGUAUAAACAGUGCCUACUUUGCAGGUUAGGUUGUGUCUACUUUGUUUGUUUUAUAUAUAUUUGUAUACAUUUGUUUGUGGCUUGCAAAGUAUUAAUUUGAUGGAAAAUAUGUAGAAUGUUUAACGUCAUUAAAGAUUGCUUCCUCCUCGAA